GGGCGGCGCUCAUUGAGCCCCGCGGGUCCGCAGCGUUUGGUGCUCUGCGUCGGAGACAGAAGACACAAGUCCCGGAGAGACAGAGAGACACACAGACACAGAGACACACAGAGACAGAGACAGAGAGGGACAGAGACAGACAGAGAGACCUCCAACAACCUCGAACAUCCUGCGCUGCUCUUGGAUUUGGUUUCAAUCCUCCGAUCUGCAGCGGUUAAAUCCUCAACAUGGCCGAAUGGAAGAUGGAAAACAUCGUGAGGAGUGCGAUGGUGGUCCUCAUCGUCCUGUGUGAUAUGACAACGAUAUUUGUGAAGGCCAGCCCGGAGGCCAAUGAGACCCAGCAGCAGCAUCCAACCAACGUCUACCAUGACAUAGGAACCACCAGGAACAAGAUAGUCACGGCACAGUUUGAGUGCUAUCAAAAGAUAAUGAUGGACGAUGCCGAAGACAGACAAGAGCCCAUGUGUAAUCGCACUUGGGAUGGCUGGCUGUGUUGGGACGACACCUCGGCCGGUGUGAACUCCGAGCAGAACUGCCCCGACUACUUCCACGAUUUUGAUCCCUCAGAGAUGGUUAUGAAGAUCUGCACAGACAGCGGCCAUUGGUUCCUGCAUCCGGAGAGCAAUCGAACAUGGACCAACUACACCCGCUGCAAUGAACACACCAACGAAAGCAGAGUGACUGCGAUGAAUCUUUUCUACUUGGCUCUCAUAGGACAUGGCCUGUCACUGACCUCCCUCUUCAUCUCCCUCGGGAUAUUCUUCCAUUUCAAGAGUUUAAGUUGCCAAAGGAUCACGCUUCACAAAAACCUCUUCUUCUCCUUUGUCCUGAACUCUGUGAUCACCAUCAUUUGGUUGACAGCGGUUGCAAACAACCAGGAGCUGGUGCAGAGGAAUCCAACGAGCUGUAAAGUGUCCCAGUUCGUUCACCUGUACCUGUUUGGAUGCAAUUACUUCUGGAUGCUGUGCGAGGGCAUCUACCUGCACACCCUCAUCGUGGUGGCUGUGUUUGCUGAGAAGCAGCACCUGAUGUGGUACUACCUUCUAGGCUGGGGCUUCCCUCUCAUUCCGGCCUGCAUACAUGCCGUCGCUCGAAGUUACUACUACAACGACAACUGUUGGAUAAGCUCCAAAACGUCGCUGCUCUACAUCAUCCACGGCCCCAUCUGUGCAGCUCUUUUGGUCAACUUGUUCUUCCUACUAAACAUUGUGCGAGUGCUCAUCACCAAGCUGAAGGUGACCCACCAAGCGGAGUCCAGUCUCUACAUGAAAGCCGUGAGGGCCACCCUCAUCCUGGUGCCCCUCCUGGGGAUCCAGUACAUCCUGCUGCCCUACAAGCCGGAGGGACGCGUGUCCUUCGAGAUAUACGAGUACAUCAUGCACAUACUGAUGCAUUACCAGGGUCUGCUGGUGGCCACCAUCUUCUGCUUUUUCAACGGAGAGGUCCAAGCCGUUGUGAGGAGGCACUGGAACCAGUACCACAUGCAGUUUGGGAGCAGCGUGGGAAACCACUCGGAUGCCCUGCGCUCGGCGUCCUACACGGCGUCCUCCAUCACGGAGGUGCAGGGCUGCUACAGCAUCGACUGCCACACGGAACACAUGAACGGAAAAGGCUUCCACGACGCCGACGGCUCCAUCCUAAAGUCAGACAGCCCCUUCGCCUGACCCCCCCACCCCGUUCCCGCAGCAUGUUUGGAGCGCAGUGUCACCUCUUCCUCUUCUUGUGCGUGGUCUUCUCUCUGUGUCCCACCAACGAGGUCCUUCAGCACGGUGAGCUCCAUGCAGCUGUUCCUCGGCCGCUUUGCUUUCUGCAAUUUGACCCCGAACUGCCUCACGUGACCCAAGAUGCAUUCUGAUCAUCACAAUAGUUGUGCGUUGCGACCUCGCUCAAAUGGAUGAGUAUCAACUGCUUGCCUGUAAAACCAAGAAAUCCUUGCUCGCCCCAUUUAUUUUAUUUUUUAUUUUUUAAAUAGAAUUAGAAGAUAUCUAUUAGGCGCAUAACAUUGUAUUACUAUAUCUUUCACAUGUUGGACUUUAUUUAUCUGAACAUAUAAUUGUUUAUUGAAUGAAAAAGUAAUAAAUACCAGACAGUAUUUAUUGUUAACAUUAUACAUGUUUUAAAAACAGUUGAAUAUGACUUGUUGCCAGCUUCCUGUAAGAGUUCUAUGUAGUUCUCGUUUGUUUCAGUGUAUUAAUGCAGAUGUUUACCGACCCUGAGCUGUCUCAUGCUAAUGUUUGAGUGUGUUCAAGUGAUCCUGAGUGACCUGUGUAUCCUGUAAACCACAUGAUCGGUUGUAAUGUCACUUUUUAAACGUGUCAUUGUCACACAAAAACAUCCUUAAAUCAGAUGAGUCCAAUAUUCACUCAUUACACUUGAAUGUAACUGAACUUAGAAAACUUGGCUUUCAACUAAUACGCAUUACAUUCCCCUUCACUGUUCCCUUUAACUUUACUCCUGAGGUUUUUUAGCUAUAAAACCAACAAAUCAUUCAGCGUACAUGUUUGAAUGGUAAAGAGUAGUUUGUGUGUAUAUAUAUAUAUAUAUAUUUAUAGUGCACAAUCCCCUUAAAAGCAUUUAGGCAACAAAACUACUUGGUCAGGCUUAGCUAAAGAUCGUGGUUUGGAUUCAAACAAAUAGAGAAACAGGGUUACAAAAGUACAAAAGUCAGGUGACAAAUAAGUAAAUGUUAAAAUAAUUUGGAGGUGGCAGAACUAAGUACGGAAGUAGCAUGAUGAAUAAGUCCAGCAGCCUCCUGGCUCAUUCAUUCAUCCCAAUGGCUUACUUUUGCAAAUUGACAUUCCGUCACCUGACCUGUCUCUCAAUACAAUGCAAUCAUUUUUUUGAGAACAGCCUCACAUGCAUGUGAGCAUUGUGUUAAAAGAACGAUCUGACAAAGUGCUGAGCUGUCCUUCGAGGCAUAACAACCAAAAGACACAAAGGGAAUAAUGACGGCGUGAAGGAGAAUUCUAGCUGUGCGUUGAUGUCUCCUCUCAUGAGAGAUGUGCAGCAGACAUUCCUGAAAUGCACUUGCACCUAAUCGAUUGGCCGAUGCAGUGUGCACCCAGAUGUUGCAGGAUUUUAUUACAGCAAAUGGUGAGCCUUGGCGGGGCGAGUUGACCUCGUCGAAAUAAUAGUUUUUGUAGUGCUGAUGUCAGUCUGAGCACACGCCUUAUUCAGAGGGGAUCGUAUUAUCAGGUCUCACCAGCGCUGCAACAAAACCUUCUCUGUAGAGCAUUUAGCUGAAGUAGGCUGUGAAUAUGAACUAUUUUUGUAAAUCUAUCUUGUCUGAGAAGAGGGGAAACUGAACAUAUAAGAGUGUGUGUGCAUGCAUGAUUUAUAUAUAGAGUAUUUAUGAGAACCUUAUGCUCUGACGCAUCUCCAACCGCGAGGCGUCCGUCUUCAUGUGACAGUGUGGGAAGUUGUUUGUUCGAGCUGCACCUUUUAAAAAGGGAGCGUUGCAACAAGCUGCUCUGUCCGUGUGUCCAUCUUAUUUGUCACCAUCCUCGGUCCCUUUUCUAUUUGGCCUGUAUUUGAAAGUGAAGAAAGAACAGUAUCACUGCCUUCUGUGGGAGUUGAUUCACUUCCUGUGACACAAUUUUGUAAUUAUCUUUUGUUUUUGUCAAUAUCCUCGUCAUUGAGAGGACUGUGGUGACCUAGAGUCACACUGCAUUAGAAUCCACACACAACAGGUAAAGAUACGUCAUUGUUCUUGUUUGAUAAUAUUCGAGGCUUCAUUUCUCACUUUCUAUGCAACGGGUGUAAUUAUCAGCAUGCAGUUUAUUCUUUUUUUUAAAGUCAGAUCUGCAGGACAGUUUCUCCAUUUAAUCACAAACUUUACAAAUAAUAUUUCUGGCUUUCACAACUCUAAUUUGCAGCAAGCAAUUCAUGUACAAUGAAGCCUCCUUGACCCAAGCCAUUUGUUGUAAAGUGACGUCAACAAUUUAAUCCCAACUUCUGGCAAAUGUAUUAACUCCUUUAUGUAUUAUUUUGGCUGAGUACUAGUAUUUUAUGUGUUAUAUAAUUUCAUUUGGCUAUCAAAAGUCCCCUGUGUUAUAUGCAGCUUUUUUUUGGUGACAUUAUGUAAAGUUCAACAGAAGCAUUUUAAUGUACUGUAUUUAACUUUUGGCAGUGCUCACACGUUGACUCCUCACUGUUACACUUAUACAUGCAUAUGUAUAUAUGUAUAGGUACAAGCUGUCUUUUUUUUAUAAUUUCACUGAAUUAGACAACGUUGCUAUUAUGUGUGUAUCUGCAUACUAAUACAGUAUAGCACAGCACCCGGACUCUGCUUUGGUUUGUCUGCGUUGAGAGACUUUA